GGGCGGGCCUGGGUGUGGAGAAGCUGGGUAGGGGAGACCCCUUCCCCCUCCCCCCCGCACCCCGGGGCAGGGGGGAGCCAGCCGGGCAGGGAAUGCGGCCAGGCCCCCUGGCCUUGGGGUCAGGCGCGUCGGAAAUAGGCGCGCAAGGCGUUGGGGGAGCUGCCGAAGGCGUUGGGUCCCUGCAGGGUCGGCAAUGGUCUGUAUGGGCUGCAGGAGGGACUGUUGGACCCUGCAGUAACUGAAGAUGCCAGGGUGCGGGUGACUGGGGGGCUUAGGAGGGUUUCAGCCCCCUCCCCCCCAAUAUAUAUAUAUAUAUAGGAAUUCAAUUAAUACAUGAGGAAAGAGAGAGAGAGUAGGUGGCAAAAGAAGAGAGAGGGAAAAAAAUCAUCAGGAUUUAUUUAGGGGGAAAAAGGAUGAAGAGGAGGAAUGAGUCUAGAAAGCUUAAGAUGUUUUUGGCUGGUUGGUUUUCAAAGGAAAAGGGAUGUAGUAAGUUACAUUAUAAACCAGUGGUUUUCAACCUCUCUUCAUUUGUGGACUCCGAAAAAAACUUCUUCCAGUGAAGAUUUGCUGUAAGUAUCGGCUACUGGAAGGAUCCUUACAUCCAAUAUUUUGUGAGACAGGCCAAAGAAAGAAAAGCACCUGAAAUUAAUAGAGGAUACUACGCUCGUGUCCAUGGAGUCAGUCAGCUACUUACGGCUUUUUUAAAGAAGACAGAAUGCAACUGUCAAAUCAUAAAUCUUGGUGCCGGUAUGGAUACCAUGUUCUGGAGAUUAAAGGAUGAAAAUCUUCUCCCUAAAAAAUAUUUUGAAGUGGAUUUUCCAAUGAUAGUAGCAAGAAAAAUACAUAACAUCAAAUCAAAACCUCCCCUGUCAAAACCAAUUAUGGAAUCCCAUUCUGGGGAGUCGUUUCUAAUAGAUGCUCACAGCCUAGAUUCCAGCCGAUAUGCUAUUCUUGCAGCAGAUCUUCGAGACUCAUCAGAGCUGGAUGAAAAACUAAAGAAAUUUAACAUGGAUACACAAUUGCCUACGCUCCUGAUAGCGGAGUGUGUGCUGGUUUAUAUGACUCCUCAGCAGUCCGCAAGUCUUCUAAAGUGGGCAGCAAACACUUUUCAGGCGGCUAUGUUUAUAAACUAUGAGCAGGUGAACAUGGCUGAUAGGUUUGGGCAGAUCAUGAUUGAGAAUUUGCAGAGAAGACAGUGCAGCCUGGCUGGAGUGGAAGCCUGCAAAUCCUUAGACUCUCAGAGGGAGCGGUUACUGUUAAAUGGCUGGGAAACUGCACGUGCCAUUGAUAUGAUGGAAGUCUACAGCUACUUGCCACAGGCUGAUGUCAAAAGAAUAGAGGGACUCGAAUUCCUUGACGAAAAGGAACUCCUUGAACAACUCAUGCAGCAUUACUGCAUCUGCUGGGCUGUGAAGGAUAGCUGUAAUCUGGGUCUUCCAAACAUCACAUUUUAAAGUAUUCAAUUCAAAGAAGCCAAAGCUGCCACCUACUGCUGGAGGGGAGCUCACACGAACGAUGGGACUGUGCAUGUAAGGACUCCAGGCUGCUCAUCCUCAUAACAGCGCCAGUGAAAAGAAAGUGACCAGUGCAGUGUUGCUGAUGCUGACCCUUUCUUGUUGGCUUGUAAUUGUUUUCAUCAAUCGCUAUUGCCUUUGUGAGCAAUCGUUCCGCUAUGAGACUCAUCUCCCUUUUUCAGGGACUUGGUAUGAGACUGUUUUGAAUGUCGAGAACUCCUGUUUAAAACACCCACUCCCUUUGUUUAAAGGUGAGAGCACUGUGUCCUUGGUGGUUUUACUCAUCCUGUGUGUCUCUCUGGAUGUACGUGAAACGCGUUUGUGAAGGGAAGAUGUGUAAGCUGUGCUGUGGACUGCGUUAGUGGAUGCUAUGUUGUGUUGUUCACAGCUGAUCAUAGAGCGGUUUUUUUCUUCUAUUCAGGUUUAUUUAUUUUUGUGAAAAGGUAUCCCCUGGGCCUUCUCCAGGUUCAGGCUGCAGCUAGGUGGCUGCCAUUUUACUCAAUUUCUCACUGACUCUUGCUCAGCUGUGUACAGGAAAACUGGCUGUAUUCAGCAGGACUUUGAAAGUGGAAAGGUUUUGCUUUGAGGUCCAGCAGUGAUGGCAAAGGUGAGAAAUGGAGUCGAAGACCCAGAGCGCCAGCUGUGUCUUCACGCCAAUCCCCCGUCCUCCAAAAAAAUGCUACCUGAAAUUGAGUCUUGCAACUUGCCUUCAAGAAGAGUAAUAAAUGUCUAGUAAUUAUAA